UGUAACACCAAAAAGGAAAUCAAGAUGAAACAAGAACAAGUUUAGCCAACUCGCACAAAAAUCUCAAAGAAUUCCAAGUGAAUUCUGUGGAGGCCUAUCACAACAGUCAGACUCGGAGUUAAUUGAGAACUGUAUGAACAGUGUCAAGAUGCUGUUUUCAAAGAUGAAGGAUUCAGUCUUGGAUCUACUUACCCCAUCCUGGUUGUCAGAUUUCUUGGCUGAUCUGCACAUAAGCUCUCAAACUAAUACUGAUACAGAAAGAAGUGUUCUCAAGACAGAGGUAAAAUCUUCUGUCAGCGAGCAACAAUCAAAUGGAAUACAAGGUAUACAGGGUCAGCAAGUUGGAGAUGGGACAUUGUUUCUCCAGGGUGAAGGGUCAAGGCCGCCAGACUUUGAUUUGACAAGUCGGGAUGAACUACAUGGUCAAGGCCAGAUGAUGUCAAUACUCAACCAGGAGGAGGUCUUCUCGGCACAUGGGUCUGUGUACAGGUCACCUCAGCUGUCACAAGACCCAGGUAAAUUUAUGAUGGCAGAUGGUCAACAUCUUGGGGAAGGCAAAUUAAAGUCAGUUGGCAGCAGUUCAUCUGUCUUCCAGGGUUUAUCAGGACACAGAUACUCAAGAAACAAAAGAAAGUACUUUGAAUAUAAAGGAAACACCUCUCCAUGGAAAAAACAGAAAACACACAGGCAGAAAUUGUAUGAUGUAACGCAAGGAAGACGGGUUAGAGAUGAUUUGCCAUAUAGAGAAUCAGCUAGACUUGUGUUAGAUGACAGUACUUCCAGAAAUACUCUGAUGUUAUCUUCUUUUCACAGUGAUAUGGUGGAAAAGUUAAGUGUGAAAGCUAAACCCAGUCAUCUCGGGGACAGAGUUGUUACUGAUGCAGCCUCAAGAAGAAUUCUGGAUGUCAUUGAGGAAUACCAUAAACCUCUUUAUAUGAUUAUACCAGACCUUCAGACAGACUCAUCAGCUCCCAAGUUGAAAUACUUCAUACCAACUUUAUCACAAGUGAAAAAACCAGUAGCUUCUACCAGCCAGACCACACUGAGUACAGGAACAUGUGCCAUUAUCAGUCAGUCAUCGGUGAAUACAGAAACAUCUGUCAGUCAGUCGUCAGUGAAUACAGAAACAUCUGUCAGUCAGUUGUCAGUGAAUACAGGAACAUUUAUCAGUCAGUCACCAGUGACUACAAGAACAUUGAAAGACGUCAAGCUUGAUGCAGUGCAGGAGGGUCCCAACUUACAGUCAAACAAAGCAGUGUCAACGGAAAGCAGUGGUGUUAGUCCAAAAUCUGUUGUCAAGGAAACAGAAGCUUCUGUCCUGACCUCCACAUCUGCAGUAUUCAAGUUCCUAGCUCAACCAUCAGUUCCCAUGUCUACAACGAAAUCUGAUCUUGGAACCAGCUCUGAUCUUGGAACCAACUCUGAUCUUGGAAUCAGCUCAUCCUACAGCUUUACCUCACCAUAUGAAAGUGAAUUUGAGUCAUUUGUCCACAGGAGAGACGAUACCACAUCCUCUCAGUCAUUAAGAGAAGCUAGCUCCCACUCAACCAGUUUACACCAAAUAGACAACCAGUUUUUGUCAGCUACUGGACUAGCUGUUGGACUUGGUUCUAAUAUGACACAGCCCUCUAGUAGUGAGUUUAUAGGUAACUCCAGUAUAACAACUCCCAGUUUUAGAUUUGACUCCCCAGCUAGCUUUGUUGGCCAAUCUGUGAUAAUGAAAGAUUCAGCGCCUACAACCUCGAGUGGCUUCACAUCAACUUCAAGUUCCACUUCAAGCACAGCAGUCGUCUCCACAAGUCAGGGUUUAAACUUUGGUUCUGCACUCAGUUCAUACAGUCCGACAUUACCAACAUCAGCAUUUAAAUUCAGCAAUAAUGCUUCUGUAACAGAUCAAAAAUUUCAGUUUGAUACACAUCAUUCCAGUUCCGCAUCUUUUAAAUCAAAGUCAAGAUCAGCAGCAGACAGUAUCCCCUCAAAGCUUCAAAGCAAAGAAUUUGACAGGUCAGAAUUUCUAGCUGAAAUGAAAUGGUCUGCAAUGUCAAACACCAGUGCUUGUAGUAGUUCUUUCUCCACUCAAGGUGCAAAUGCAUCAUCCAAUGCAGCAAUUGUUUCCAUUUCUUCAGCUUCUUUACCAAAUUCAAGAAGUGCAUGGUCCAGUGCAGCAGUUGGUUCCACUGCACCAGCUUCUUCAACUAAUUCUGGAAGUGCAUCUUUGUUUGAUUCCAAGUCAAGUGUUGUAUUAAGUACCAGUAGUUCAGCAACUCCGGGUUUUAAAUUUAACUUUGUUACAACAAGUUCAACACUUGUGACGAACUCGAGGUCAGAAACAACACUUUCUAGCACCAAUAAUUCCAAAACUUCCACAUCAUCUGUGUCACCAAGCUCUAAUUCAGUACAUGGAACAUUGAUUUCUGAAUUUUCUUUUACAACCUCAGUAUUUUCACUUGAUUCAAAAUUAAUCUCCACAAGUCCAUCAGCAGAUUCAGCAAAGAUGUAUGGGACAACUCCUGGGGUGAAUGAGUCAGCAUCAGAGAUGGGCAUGAGUUCAAGCAGCAACAGUGUUGUCAGCAGGGACAUUCCAAGAUACGAGGACAUCAAUAGCAAUGCUUCAUUUCCAGCUGUGGGGUUCGGUCAGUCAUUCCAUCAACAAUACAGUCCAAAUGUUUCUGGUUAGAAGACAACAGACGCUAAAGAAUUCACUAGCAAUGUUCCCACUAUCAGUCCAGCUGUUGGUGAUACACCUCCAUUUGGUGCAGGGGACAUCACAGGCAAGCAAGCAGCAUCAACUGUAUCAGACACACAGUACAGGUCUCGAGAUCAGCUUAUCCCGAAAAUCAUUGGCCAGGGAGAUGCUGUCGUAACAAGUUCUCUAGAGAAGUUUCCAAAAGGAUCUUGGGCAUUUCGUAGCCAGCAAGUUAACUAUUUAAUAGACCAUGCUAGCUGUCAAGUUUCAAAGAACAAUACCACAAAUCUUGACAAUAGUCUGGAAGCAUUUGCUGGACUUCCAGUUAAACCAGGUAGUGAAACAUUGAAAGAAAAAUGUAAAAAUAAAGAAUUGAUCAGAAAGAAGAAAAUCAAAAGACUUCCUGAAGUU